AUGUCAGCAUUAUUUUCACACAAUUAUAAUAACUUUUAUUUUCAAAAUUACUUUGCUUCUCCUAAACAAAAGAAAAAGCAUUAUUAUGAUAGAGAAUUUCUCAGACAACAGUCGCUGUUUCCAUCUUUAUAUCCAUUUGGUGGCUUUCCAACGACUUAUUAUCAUCAAUUCGAUUGCUCCAAUAUGAACACAGAACCAAUACGAAAUAUAAAUCAACCAAAUGGUCAAUAUCGAUAUAAACAGUAUAUGUCUGAUACGGGUACGAUCCAAAACUCCUAUUGGCAACAACAAGUUAACACUGCACCAUUACCCAUGUAUACAAGAUCUCUUCCUUUUGAUUGUAUUAAUAACACACUAUAUCCUUAUGAAAAAGGAACACAAUUUAAGCCAUAUACAACGCAUUUUGGAGUAGAUACCAAAAAUCUUGGUGCUACUGGAAAUUUAGACUCUGGCUACUCAACAAGGUUAGCUUAUGGUGCUGGAUCAAAUUCAUAUUUUUCAAAUACUAGUGGUAAUAUAGAUUUGACACCAAAGAUUAGAGUGAUUUUCAUGCCAACAGCAUCUCUAUCUUUUCAACAAUCAUAUGCCGGUCCUUUAUGUAUGCCACCUUUUCUUUUCAAUCGUAUGUCACGACCUUUUUGUUCAUUACCAUUACCCCCACCUUUACCGGACAUCAGCUCAUUGCCUGUUGCACCCGCCAUUCAACAGAUGGUCACACAACAAUAUGCUAAUCCAAUUGCUGUAAUACCUUUUACGCCAAACUGGCAAUUAUCUCAACCAAUGAUGUCAAAUUAUUCACAGCUACAAGACAUGCAAAAACAACCAAUGAUGUCUAUGCCAAAUUUGCAAUCAUUCCAAUUUGUUGUACAACCAUAUAUUACUCCUACUUUAAGGUCAGGUGGCAUACCACUGUUACCAACAGACUCUUCAACUUUACCACGUUUCUCUAAUCUAAUUUCAUCCAUACCUCAAUAUUCGACAAGCAACUAUUUCAGCAUAUGUCGUGCGUGUCCACCAGGACCACCAUUGCUUAACAUUCCAGUUACGGAUCAUCAUUGGAUACACCAUUGCUCUGCUUGUCAUCGUGUACCUGCUGAUUCCACUAAGCCAAAUAUUCGACCAACUAAUGGACGAAUUACAUCAUUACUUCGUCGUCCAAUGGUACUACAGAAUGUAGAUAGUCCAAGAAUUCAACGACAACAACAAAAAUAUCCCCAUAUCAAUGCAUCCGUUACGAUGCGUCCGUGGUUACAUAAUAUGCCGCUACUUUCACCAGAUACAGUUAUCAAUUCUGAUAAAUCUUUUCGAAAGAGUCGUUUAUCUCAAGCAUUCUAUUACUCACAAAACUAUACAAUACAACCUUCUCGUGUUGCUAGAGCUACAAGACGAUCUGUAACCGUAACAACAAUUAGUGAUAAUCGAAGUCAAACCAAUAAAGAUAGCUCAAAAAAACAACAACAACAACAUAAAAGUAAUAUAGAUAAUAAUACAACUCAAUUACAAGAUAAUUCCAAUGAUAGCCAAACAACAUCUUAUUUAUCUGCUUCAGACACUAAGGGCUCGUCUGCUUCAGACACUAAGGGCUCGUCUGCUUCAUUAACACAGUCGUUGUGUAAUUCAUCAACUGCUUCUGAUUAUGAAAAAUCUGAUACCACUUCAUGUAAAACUCAACAAAGUGUUAGUCAAAAGAAACUAUCUGUAGAAGCACAUAAUGCCAGUCAUUUUUAUGAUUUUCAACCUUGUGACUUACUUGCUGUUUAUCACUCCAUUGGUCAUAUUAAAUCAGAUGAUGAAGAUUCAAUCUCACUUUCGAAUUCAAGUGUAUCAUCUAAUGUUUCUAUUCAUGAAGAAUAUAAUCAGAAUAAUCCACCAUCACCUACUAACUUUCAAGUAAUGAAACAAGAAGAAGAAGAAUCAAAACAAGAAGAGGAGAAAUCUCUUAAUGCUCUUUCUCCUAUACCAUUUCAAUUCGAAGAACCUACAGAUAGAACAACUUCCUUACGAGAAUUUUUGACAAAAUCUCCGUCAACAAUUAGUUCAGCUUCGUUUGAUACAGUAUUUAGUAUUAUCGACGACGACUUGGACUCUUUUUCUAUUACCAGCACGACAAAAGACGACACAUACGAAGAAAACGAAGCCGUAUGA